AUUUGUAUUAUGGCGGAGAAGCUUUCUCUGUAGAGCAGCCACAGUCCUUUACUUGUCCUUAUUGUGGAAAGAUGGGUUAUACGGAAACAUCUCUUCAAGAACAUGUUGCUUCUGAACACGCAGAAACAUCAACAGAGGUGAUCUGUCCAGUAUGUGCAGCAUUACCUGGAGGAGAUCCUAAUCAUGUCACAGAUGACUUUGCAGCUCAUCUUACUCUGGAACACAGAGCUCCUAGAGAUUUAGAUGAAUCUAGCGGCGUUCGGCAUGUACGUAGAAUGUUUCACCCAGGCCGGGGUUUGGGAGGCCCCCGUGCACGUAGAUCAAACAUGCACUUUACUAGCAGUUCCACUGGUGGGCUUUCAUCUUCUCAGAGUUCAUAUUCUCCAAGCAAUAGAGAAACCAUGGAUCCUAUAGCUG